CUAUUUCAAUUUUAUCAACACCAUCAAAAGCCUUGUCUCUCACAGACACAAACACUCUCCUUCUCUCUCUCUCAAUCAGUGAAGUGAUGUCGUCGUCUUCGUUUCGAUCUCCGGCGGGCGCCGCCGCCACUAUGUUCUCGGCGGAUCAGAAAAUCAGGCUUGGGAGGCUCGACGUUUUGAGAUCUUCUCAUUCGGCUUUCUUAGGGAGAAAUCCACGUGGCGUCGUCUCGGUUCAUCCUUCCUCUUCCUCCUCGUCGAGUCCUUCCCCUAUCCAAGCCGUCUCCACGCCGGCGAAGUCUGAGACUACGACCAAGCGGAGUAAAGUGGAGAUAAUCAAGGAGAAGAGCAACUUCAUAAGGUAUCCACUCAACGAGGAGCUUUUAACGGAGGCUCCUAACGUCAACGAGUCCGCCGUGCAGCUCAUCAAGUUCCACGGGAGCUACCAGCAGUACAACAGAGAAGAGCGUGGCGGAAGAUCUUACUCCUUCAUGCUCCGCACCAAGAACCCUUCUGGCAAGGUCCCUAACCAGCUCUACUUGACUAUGGACGACUUGGCCGACGAGUUCGGAAUCGGAACGCUUCGUUUGACCACCAGGCAGACGUUUCAGCUCCACGGUGUUCUCAAGCAGAAUCUCAAGACCGUGAUGAGCUCGAUUAUUAGAAACAUGGGGAGCACUCUUGGUGCGUGUGGUGAUUUGAAUAGAAACGUUCUUGCUCCUGCGGCGCCUUAUGUGAAGAAAGACUAUCUCUUUGCUCAGGAGACGGCAGACAACAUUGCGGCUCUGCUUUCUCCUCAGUCGGGGUUUUAUUACGAUAUGUGGGUUGAUGGUGAGCAGUUUAUGACUGCUGAGCCUCCUGAGGUGGUGAAAGCUCGAAAUGAUAACUCCCAUGGAACUAACUUUGUCGACUCUCCUGAGCCCAUCUAUGGUACCCAGUUCUUGCCUAGGAAGUUCAAGGUCGCUGUAACUGUGCCUACAGAUAACUCCGUCGACCUCCUCACCAAUGACAUCGGCGCUGUCGUUGUUUCAGAUGAAAAUGGGGAACCACAGGGUUUCAAUCUUUAUGUUGGUGGCGGUAUGGGAAGAACACACAGAAUGGAGUCUACUUUUGCCCGCCUGGCAGAACCGCUAGGUUAUGUUCCAAAGGAGGAUAUUUUGUAUGCUGUGAAAGCCAUUGUAGUCACACAGCGAGAACACGGGAGAAGAGAUGAUCGUAAAUAUAGCAGAAUGAAGUAUUUGAUCAGCUCCUGGGGAAUCGAGAAAUUUAAAGGUGUUGUGGAGCAGUACUAUGGUAAAAAGUUUGAGCCUUCCCGUGAACUUCCAGAGUGGGAGUUCAAGAGUUACUUGGGAUGGCAUGAACAGGGAGAUGGUGCGUGGUUUUGUGGUCUUCACGUGGACAGUGGUCGUGUUGGAGGUAUAAUGAAGAAGACACUGAGAGAAGUAAUAGAGAAAUACAAAAUUGAUGUCCGCAUCACACCAAACCAGAACAUUGUGUUGUGUGAUAUAAAAACCGAAUGGAAGCGUCCGAUCACCACAGUGCUUGCUCAGGCCGGCUUGCUGCAACCUGAGUUUGUUGACCCACUAAACCAAACGGCAAUGGCUUGUCCAGCUUUUCCUCUGUGCCCUCUAGCGAUAACCGAGGCAGAGCGCGGAAUCCCCAGCAUUCUAAAGCGAGUUAGAGCAAUGUUUGAGAAGGUUGGUCUGGAGUACGAUGAAUCUGUUGUGAUAAGAGUAACCGGUUGUCCUAACGGCUGUGCAAGACCGUACAUGGCUGAGCUUGGUCUUGUAGGUGAUGGACCCAACAGCUAUCAGGUUUGGCUAGGAGGAACACCGAACCAGACACAGAUAGCCAGGAGUUUCAUGGAUAAGGUGAAGGUUCACGACUUUGAGAAAGUCUUCGAGCCAUUGUUUUAUCACUGGAAAGUCGAGAGACAAACUAAAGAAUCGUUUGGAGAAUUCACAACUCGCAUGGGAUUCGAGAAACUCAAGGAGCUAAUAGAUACGUAUAAAGGAGGUCCUCAGUAAGGAGGGAUCAGCUUUUGGUCUAUACAACUCUUGUGAUGGAGAAACUUGUUCUUCUUUUGUACCCGCUUUUUUUUUUUGUUUCCAAUAUCGCUUUGUCUUGUGUUGUAGACUUGUAUUAGCACAUCAAUAAGCAUCUCUUUUCAUUUUUCUCUUUUUACUCUCUUUAGUGUGAUUUGAUCUCCCUUCUUUUUAAAAAUGGCUUCUUCGCUC